CCCGCACCAUAUAACAAAUCCAAUUCAUACCCCCCUUGUGAAGAAAUCGAUAAUCGAUCUUCAAUUCUCCCGAACAAGCAAAGUCGCUCUGCAAUUUCUCAUCCUUAAAGUUCGUAUUGAUUCGGUUUUUCAGAGGUUUGGAUUUGGAUGCGUUGGUGGAACUGAACUUCCAAUCAACUGAAAUUGACAUUCUGAGAGUGAAAGUUCAUAUUUACAAGUGCAUUUGUUUGAUUAUUUGCUGUUGAUUUUAUGCGUAUAAAAAAGGUUCUGACUCUACUCUGAUAGUGGGCUUUGCGGUGCAGUAUUGUAUUUAAGUUUCCAAGCAACAGCUAAUAUGCAGGCAUCAAGGGCAAGGCUUUUCAAGGAAUACAAAGAGGUGCAGCGAGAGAAAGUUGCUGAUCCAGAUAUUCAAUUAGUUUGUGAUGACUCCAACAUAUUUAAAUGGACUGCUCUCAUCAAGGGACCAUCAGAGACUCCAUUUGAAGGCGGUGUAUUCCAGCUUGCUUUUGCAGUUCCUGAGCAGUAUCCUUUGCAACCUCCACAAGUCAGGUUCUUGACAAAAAUUUUCCAUCCAAAUGUGCAUUUCAAGACGGGAGAGAUUUGCCUUGAUAUUUUGAAGAAUGCAUGGAGCCCUGCUUGGACACUCCAAUCUGUUUGUAGGGCUAUAAUUGCUUUAAUGGCACAUCCGGAGCCUGAUAGCCCACUGAACUGUGAUUCAGGCAAUCUUCUGCGGUCUGGCGAUCUCAGGGGGUACUAUUCCAUGGCAAGAAUGUACACUAAGCUUGCCGCCAUGCCCAAGAAAGGCUGAACUGGUGUGCUGUAGUUUCUGUCUUCAGUUUUAGGAGGGGGUUUUUGUGCUAGCUUUGUUUGGGACGUCUUGUCUUUUAUGCAUGAAUUUGCACAUAAUGUAAACCUUGACACAUGUUAUUUGGGGAUAUUUAUACAUCAUGAUUAAUUGUGUAGACACAAGCACAUUUCUUUUAGAAAGCUGUUGUAAUAAUACGUACAACCAUAGCUCCUCAUUGGGCAAGCCCA